CUUUGAAAGAAUCAAAUGGCAGACUACGAAGACGGCGGCUUUGAAGGCGACGACGGCCGCGACGAUGCCGGCGAGAUGGACAACGACUACGGCCGCGACGACGAGCUCGACAACGAGAUGCUGGAAGACGCGGCCACGUUCGAGAUUGUCGACCAAGAUGGUCUUGACGCUGGCGAUGGCGUUGCGUCUGGCGAGACAAAGAAGCGUGUUACUAGCCCGUUUAUGACAAAGUACGAACGUGCACGCGUUCUCGGUACCCGAGCACUACAAAUUAGCAUGAACGCUCCCAUCAUGGUUCAGCGCGAUGGCGAGACGGAUCCUCUACAGAUUGCCAUGAAAGAGCUUCGUGAGAAGAAAAUCCCAAUCAUUAUCCGACGAUUCUUGCCUGACGGCUCGUACGAGGACUGGGGUGUUGAUCAGCUUGAAAUCCCGUAAACCCCGAGCAGCAUGACUUUGUAGUUCUAUUUCGCCGUGUGUUGAAGUGGCAAUGGCUGCUUUUCCAUGUGUGACAACAGCAACUUCAAUCAUUGAAACGAUCAUAAAAAUCAGUCCCA